AUGGAGUGUUUUCAUCGAUGUUCACAAAGAUCCAAAGACAAAGGUGACAACUUAAUAGUUGUUCCAAAUGUUGAUACAAGAAAUGAAGCUACAGAAUACGAUGAAAAUGCAAUCGGCGUUUAUUUAUGGGGCAAAGAAGGAACAGUAGAUGGGCUUGUUGGUCAUCUUCCAUUGGAGUUAUCAAAACUCAUAAAACAAUUUCUAAACGCAGACCAUUAUAACGUCGUGACAGCAACCGUGAUAGACCUUUUCAUAAAUUAUUGCGCAAUAGUAUGCCUCGUAUUGAAAACGAGACAAGCGGUGCUAAACUUUUUUGUAAACAAAAUGUCGGAGGGGAAUACGAAGAAAAAACAUAAAAGAUCUCAAGGAAAGCAAUGUGCUGCCUGGGGAUGCAAUAAUCGUAGCCUGGUUGAAUUUGAAAAUGAAUUAAUAUCUUCAACCAUAAGUUUUUUUAAAUUUCCGAAAGAUUCAGGAACAAGGAAAGUGUGGUGCAGCCGAAUUAAACGUAUUGAUGGACAAGACAACUUUAGAGUAACCAGCCAUACUGUGCUGUGCGAAAAACACUUUGCAAAAAGUGAUAUAAUAAAAGCCCCUGGAGGGACACGCCGCAGAUUGAGAGAUGGAGCCAAACCUACACUAUUUGAAAAUGUGGAGGAUUUUAGCAAAAGAAAAGCUCCUGUUAACAGACCAUCUCCUCGAAAAAAAUUUAGAGAAACAUCCACUCUAAUUCCUGAUGAGACUGAUAUAGGGGAUGAUUCCACUGAAUUUGUAGCUGAGCCAGACUUUAUUAUGAGGGAGGAACCAGACAUAGAAAUGUUGAAACACAAACUCAUGGAAAAAAUUUCUACAGUUAAAAUAAAAUUUGUCGAAAAUGUUUUGUCAUCUGAUGCAUCAUGUAAACAUUACACUGGCAUACCAAACAUCGAAGUGUUUAAAGAAUUAUUAAUUUUUUUAAACCCAGGACAAAAUGGAGAAAAUGUUAUUCUUUACAAUAAUCAAGAUGUCAAAGGUUUUAGUGAUAGAGGUAGACCACGUACGCUGUCCCCUCUUGAAAGUUUUUUAUUGACCCUUGUUAGAAUGCGAAGAAACUUUGAUGUUUGCCAUUUAUCAUAUUUGUUUGAAGUGUCUGAAGGUACUGUAACAAAUACUUUUCAAACGUGGGUAAAUUAUAUGUAUGUUAAGCUCGGAACAAUAUGCAUUUGGCCUUCCCGCAGUCAAGUUCAAGAAAAUAUGCCAGCUAGUAUGAAAGAAAGAUUUGCAAACGUACGAUGCAUUAUAGAUUGUGUAGAGUUUAAAAUUGCAGUGCCUUCAUCUUUAUAUUUACACAAAAUGAUGUACUCAGAAUACAAAAGUCACACCACCGUUAAAGUACUUGUUGGCAUUGCUCCUGGUGGAGGUUUCACAUUUAUAUCGAGUGCCUACCCCGGUAGCAUCUCAGAUAAAGAUAUUGUUGUCAAAAGUGGUUUAUUAUUUCCAGAACUUUGGCAGGCAGGAGAUGCUAUUAUGGCUGAUCGAGGUUUUUUGAUAGAGGACUAUGUAAAACCUCUUGGUGUGGAAUUAAUUAUGCCAUCAUUUUUGAAAGGACGCGAGCAAUUUUCAGAGUCUGAAGUAGUCAAAAGUCAACAAAUAGCAUCAGAAAGAAUUCAUGUGGAAAGAAUGAUUCAACGACUCAAAUGUUUUCGAAUAUUCGAUCGAGUUAUUCCAGUAAACAUGUUGAACUCCCUGAAUCAAAUUAUUUCGGUAUGUGGUAUUCUCACAAAUUUUCAAGACCCUAUUUUAAAGUAA